UUGAACGUUAUUAGGGCCACCUGACCAGACUUGGCGGCGAUAUGCCUUAGGUAAAGCGGAAUUGGGCUUUCGUCCGGGCUGCCAUUGGCAUAGUUUAAUCUCCCGCAAUACGGCAUCGCAGGCAAGGCUCUCCGUGUGCAUUCAACAGCUGGCGGUUAACCAUCCGAGGAUAUUGUUGAUGUAAAGUAGCGGUGCGCCGAAAUCUUCACUCAUUGGUUUUGACGUCCUGCCGGGCUGAACCGCCGGCAUCUCCGCCGUUUUGCCGCGUUCGCGCUCGUCUUUUGCUCAAACAAGUGAUUGCUGACGCCAGCACACGCGUGCGGUAAGCCCAAUCGUUUACCGUAGAUGUCAUCUGUCGGCAUUAGGUACGCGUCCUGCUUGCACGCACCCAACAGAUGACACUGUGACUUUGCUAUCCCCAGGUUUACCUAGUGUCCGCAAAUUCUCUUCUCAUUCUAGCUGUGCCGUGUGUCUAGGGGAGAUACACCGCUAUCUACCUGCACUCAACUCUUCCCAUCUCUGUUUCCGGAAGAUAUGGACAUACUACAGGCUGGUACGUACAACCAGCGCGGUGGCCGUGCUCAACAGCCGUACUUGAUAUUCCUUGAUGGCUGAGGGAGAUAGCCAUGCCUCCACGCACGGCAGCUGAGCGAUCUAAUCAAGAGAUGCACUGUUAAUUAACAUCAAAUGUCGUUUCAUUACGAUGAAGCCUGUUAUCGCCUCUACAUGGAGAUCUAGACUGGCAUCAUAGCUGGACAUAAAAACUCGCCUGUGAAAAGAAAGCUAUUGAUCCGUGUAGGCUUCUAGACGCCGCGCCUCGCUCUGUGGUUCGCUCGGGGUGAAAGGCCAGCUUUGUACCCACAACACCGGCUGAACUCCCGGACAACCUUGCCAAGUUUACACGGAGGCCGGCAUAAUCUUUAUUAAGCGUGUGCUGCUUCCAUUGUAGUGCCGCUAGCGACGUGCUCGCCCACCGUGCCGUGAAUAACAAUCACCAGAACCCCUCAAUCAACAACAGGGGAAAGAUUGAUUCAAGGAAGGUCGUGGGGAGGGAAACACUGACGAUGGCGUACCUACCAGACAAAUUGGGCCACCCGUUUGUUGUCCUCCUGUCCAUUCUCUGCACCGCCCCCCUGGUGCAGACCAGAGACCCGGUGGUGAGAAUAGGGGGAGGAGAAGACUCUCCCUCCCUCCGCGGAAUUAAAGUUGACCUUGACAACAGCGAUAAAGAGUUGGUACCUGUGGAGAAAUACCUCGGUAUCCCCUAUGCUGAACCGCCGACUGGAGUGUACCGCUUCAAGCAGGCGAAGUUGCAGGCACCGAACUGGGACGGUGCGCGGAACGCCACCAGCUUCGGUCCGGCGUGCAUGCAGGCAGUACGGAAAACAACCAUGACCACGCCUUCAUGGACACGUCAACAAGUGGCAUCAAUGCAACCAUAUCUACAAACACUGAACGAAGACUGCCUGUACCUAAACAUCUAUAGGCCCAUCAAUAAAGAUGGUACUGAGAUGAGGAACCGGACGGUGAUGGUGUUCAUUCACGGCGGCUGGUGGUCCUCAGGGACCGGCUCCAUGUACAACGGCACCAUCCUGGCCAGCUACGGGAAGGUCAUUGUCGUCACCUUCAACUACAGGCUGGGGAUAUUUGGUUUCCUUAGCACAGAAGAUGGCAAUGCACGAGGGAACUACGGCCUGUGGGACCAGAUCAGGGCCCUGGAAUGGGUGAACAGCUACAUCAGCUUCUUUGGAGGAGACCCCCAUAACAUCGUGAUCUUCGGCUCGGGAACCGGCGCUGCCUCAGUGCAUCUACUCAUGUUGUCUCCAAAGGCCAGAAACAAGUUUCGGCGUGGAAUAUCUAUGAGUGGAUCCGCCUUAGCUACAUGGGCCAUGAGCCGCAACGGGAGAGCCUACGCUACAGCGGCUGCCAAACAGGUGAACUGUGAUAACAGUAACACAAAAAUUAUGGUAGAUUGCCUCCGUGGGAAGUCCGCAGACGUUCUGGCUAACAUCAGUACAUCGAUAGUAGAGCCAUCGCGAUAUUAUUUCGCCUUCGCCCCCGUGGUUGACCUCUUCGUCAUCCCCAGUGAUCCGACCAGACUCACUACAAAGAACAUGUCUAAUUUGCCGUAUGACUACAUGGUUGGCGUGACGGAAAGUGACGGUUUUAUGUACGUGGACGGAGUGAAGGGGGUUGGAGAUGAUGGCAUCAACAAGGACGAUUUUGAAGGCCUUGUAGACAACUUCGUGCAGCAGGUCUUUCAGAGUAGACAGCCGGAGAUCAAAGAUGCCGUGACGUUUAGCUACACGGACUGGAGCGACAGAAACAACGACAUCAAGAGGAGAAAGAGCACCGUUGCUCUGUUCACGGACUACUUCUUCGUCCAGCCAGCAGUGACUACACUGAACGCGAUUGCGCCUGUGCUGAAAGGGAACACGUUCUUCUAUGCAUUCCUGUACCGGGGAGAAGUUGGCUUUGGACCAGAGUGGGCUGCAGCUGUACACGGCGAAGAGUUACCAUUUAUAUUCGGAGCUCCCGUGGGUGCAAAGCUGGGAAGGGGUGCGCUGUACUCAUUCUCUAACUUUACCGACCAAGACAAUAUGUACAGCGUUGCUCUGAUGACAUAUUGGACCAACUUUGCCAAAACUGGGAAUCCCAAUCUGCCAGGAAUGCAAAAGCCAUCUUUUCUCGGCAUCAGGCCCAACAAGUUCGAAGGUGUAGUUUGGCCGAGGUACAUUGCAGAAAAUCAGGAUUAUUUGUAUAUGGCCAUGAGACCAAGACAAAGGGACAAUUAUCGUGCCAAUAAACUGAUGUUCUGGAUAGAGUGGUUACCGAAGGUGCAGACCCCGUCACAGAUGGCAACCCCACCGGGACAGCCCGAUCUGUCGAAAUGUCCAAAUUAUCCGCCCACUCGGGGCACGUCCGUCCGGUGGAGACCCAGACCCGGGCCCGAUGUGCUGAUAGGACGGGGGACCAAGUCACCUCCUGUACAGAGCAGCUCCAGGGAGCUGAACGUCACCAUUGCCGUUGGAGCAUCGUUGUUACUCAUCAACAUCAUCGUCUUCAUAGUGGUGAACUAUAGGAGAAUUGACUGUGCGGCGUACCGUAGGAGAAAAAAGCGCACCGACAAGAAAAAGAAGCUGAACGCCAACCAUUCAGGAAGCAUACCGUCUGUGAGGAUAUUAGAGAUCGGGCCACCCAUCCGCGGGCAGGACCUGAUGCUGACACCAGAGGAACCUUCUGGAAACAGUCGGUCAUCUUUGGACUACUAUCAUCCAAACAACCACAUCGAACAAACUUCUCAACUCUGACAAUACCUGUACACAGUCGAGUACAGCAGCCUCUGCAGCUGGGCGGAUUCUUUCCUGCCGUUCACAGUAACUAAAUCAUAAUCAAUGAACAAGAACCGGCCCUACAGAUCAUUACCUUGCAUUUUAGAGGUGCCUUUUUUAUCAAAGGACAUCGUUUUGCACGAACAGGCCCUUGUGUACAAAAAAGUCCAGUGUGUCUACACCACAUGAGAUGUAAAAAGAUAUGUAGUGUAAGCUACAUAUACUAUAUGUUACCAAUGGUCAACGUUUGACACGAGGAUUUUUCACCCAGUCUUGGUUGGAUAACGAUACUUGUGAGGAAGAUGAAAAUAGUGAAUACUUUCGUCUUCCUUAAAAACAGACUUGACAAGUAAAGCUUCAAAAAAGUGUCCAUAUAAUGACAUUAUAUGUGUACAUGAAUACCUAUCUAUCUAUAUACGCCUAUCAACACACACAUAUAUAUAUAAUACAUAUAUCGGCAUGUGAUUACUCACGCUUUGAACUGUAUCUAGAAGUAUCUGAAAUAUACGUAGGUAACAACUUUG